GUGGAUCAGCGUAUCUCAAAACAACAGAAUCUCGAAACAUCCGCGUGCACAUGCAUAUUGUCCCUGUACACAUCUAGCUAUGAUCCCUGACGUGUCCAUCGAUCUACCCCCUGCCGUGCCACUCCCACCUGUACAGCUGCUAUCUAUCCGCCACUCGUUCGUUUGUUCGCUAGUUUGCUGGUUCGUUCGUCAGUCCUUUUUCCUGUCCCUUUCCUCGCUGGUCGCCGCGGCCAUCUCCUGCACUCGCAACUGAAGCUCCUUCCGCUUGCUCGACACCUGCAUGUGCGCACACACAGACAGAUGUCGAUAUCGGCCUCUGUCUGCCUAGUUUGAAGGGGCUGUGUUUGCUACAUGUUUGGGUGUGAUGUCUGCCGGCUGUGUGGCCUGCUGUCCCAGGUGCUUGCGCGCAAUGUGCUCGGCAAAGAGCAGAACGUACACACCGCAGUCCGUCGCGUUGGUUUGCUGCGCCGCCUUCUGCACCGUCACCGUCGCCUUGGCGCUGUUCGGGUCGUCCUGGGGUCUGAGCAGCGAUGAGAGCUUGCGUGCGAUUUUGGUGGCGACGGGGAGAAUGCCGCUGCCCAUGCUGUCAUAGUAAUCGAAAGACAUGGGGCCGUCAGAUGGAUUGUGGAUCACCUAGUAAAACAAGCAACGAGGGACGAUACAAUGUAUCCACCCUCCGUGUGUGGGUGAGGCUUGCUUACCAGGAGGCUCCAGUGGCUGCCUGCGUUGGCCACCUGGCGGUCUUCGUUGUCGUUGAGCGGAACAAGCAGUAGACGACGGCUCGACAAUGACAACGCUGACCAAACAGCAACCAAUAUGCCUCUGGUGAGAGUGCAUGUCCCGUUUCUGCCCAUGCUUGCCUUCUAGUCCCUCCUUGAGGUCAUCGAGGUCGUCCUCUAUGUUCACCCAGAAGGAAGUGGCGGGGUCCAUGAACAGCACAUCGGACUGAUCCCUGAAGGAAGAUAAGACGCAUAUGGGGCAGCAGCCAUGAGUGGUUCUUGCGCUCACUUGAAGUCGCCGAUGGUUGAAAGGUACUCCAACGCGAACCCAAUGCAGCUGCACGACACAGCACAUCUGCUGUGCAGAGAUCUGAUGCCUUUCGUCUGCAUGGCGCAUCUACCUGUCAUUGAGCAAGUUGCCUUCCUGCAGAAGGCGGAUGUCCUGGUCGUAUAAUCUUGCGUUGUGGAGCGUCACGCGGGGCAGCACUGGAUCACCACUAAUGUCCAUGGCGGACCUUGAAUG